UCGCUGGUGUGAAUCUUCCGGGAGCUGCCCGGGGAGGGCAGGGCUGGGGUGAUGACCAUGCUAACUGCCGGGUGCUACUUCGCGACGUCCCGGCGUAGAGGGUCUAAGUGUCUAUGGCAACGGUCGUCUGGCAGAAGGGGAGGAACUAAGCCCUUUCACUUGAAACGCUGACAUUCCAGGCCCUUGUCCUGCAGGCUCCCGCGGGCGGACAGGCCGGAAGAGGAGGCCGGGGAAUGGCCGCGGUGUGGCAGCAGGUCUUAGCAGUAGACGCGAGGUACAACGCGUACCGCACACCAACGUUUCCACAGUUUCGGACACAGUAUAUCCGUCGGCGCAGCCAGCUACUGCGGGAGAAUGCCAAGGCUGGGCACCCCCCGGCACUGCGUCGGCAGUACCUGAGGCUGCGUGGGCAGCUGCUGGGCCAGCGAUACGGGCCCCUCUCCGAGCCAGGCAGUGCUCGUGCCUAUAGCAACAGCAUCGUCCGCAGCAGCCGAACUACCCUUGACCGCAUGGAGGACUUUGAGGAUGAUCCUCGGGCCCUGGGGGCUCGUGGGCACCGCCGUUCCGUCAGCCGAGGCUCCUACCAGCUGCAGGCACAGAUGAACCGUGCUGUCUAUGAGGAUAGGCCCCCUGGCAGCGUAGUACCUACAUCAGCAGCAGAAGCAAGUCGAGCCAUGGCUGGGGACACAUCACUGAGUGAGAACUAUGCAUUUGCGGGCAUGUACCAUGUCUUCGACCAGCACGUGGAUGAGGCAGUGCCAAGAGUGCGCUUCGCCAAUGAUGACCGGCACCGCCUGGCCUGCUGUUCCCUCGACGGCAGCAUCUCACUGUGCCAGCUGGUGCCUGCCCCGCCCACCGUGCUCCGUGUACUGCGGGGCCACACCCGCGGUGUCUCUGACUUCGCCUGGUCCCUCUCCAACGACAUCCUUGUGUCCACCUCACUCGAUGCUACCAUGCGCAUCUGGGCCUCUGAAGACGGCCGCUGCAUCCGGGAGAUUCCUGACCCCGAUGGCGCCGAAUUGCUCUGCUGCACCUUCCAGCCGGUCAACAACAACCUCACUGUGGUGGGGAAUGCCAAGCACAACGUGCACGUUAUGAACAUCUCCACGGGCAAGAAAGUGAAGGGUGGCUCCAGCAAGCUGACGGGCCGGGUUCUCGCUCUGUCCUUUGAUGCCCCUGGCCGGCUACUCUGGGCAGGAGAUGACCGCGGCAGUGUUUUCUCCUUCCUUUUUGACAUGGCCACAGGGAAACUGACCAAAGCCAAGCGUCUGGUGGUGCACGAGGGUAGCCCUGUGACCAGCAUCUCCGCCCGCUCCUGGGUCAGCCGAGAGGCCCGGGACCCCUCGCUACUCAUCAAUGCUUGCCUCAACAAGCUGCUGCUCUAUAGGGUGGUAGACAACGAGGGGACCCUGCAGCUGAAGAGAAGCUUCCCCAUCGAGCAGGGCUCACACCCUGUUCGCAGCAUCUUCUGUCCCCUCAUGUCCUUCCGCCAGGGGGCCUGUGUGGUGACGGGCAGCGAGGACAUGUGUGUACACUUCUUUGAUGUGGAGCGAGCAGCCAAGGCCGCUGUCAACAAGCUGCAGGGCCACAGCGCACCUGUGCUGGACGUCAGCUUCAACUGUGAUGAGAGCCUGCUGGCUUCCAGCGACGCCAGUGGCAUGGUCAUCGUCUGGAGGCGGGAGCAGAAGUAGGUGCCUUCCGGCCCUGCUGUGUCCACCUCCCCGUCCACUUCCUGCCUUGUGUUUGUAAAUAAAGUUUCUGUGGUUGUGUCGA